CUCGUCUCGUUCCCAGCUCCCCUGAAUCCUGCCCAUGUCAGGUACCAUGUCGAAAAGAAUUUGCCACGGACUUUGCAAUUAGCCAUGAAACCACGUCCGGAGUUGGUCAUUUCCUGCGCAGCGAUCGGACAGGGAUGAGGCGAUUAUAUGCCGGGAUUGCAUUCGAACUCCGCACUACCGGCAUCAGCAAAUACAUCGACCGUCCUUUCAUCCUCCUAAAAGCCACGACCCAACCCCUAACAUAUUCAUACUGGAAGCUCUGCGAAGGGCGACACGGACCCGGUGUGACCACGAGCGCAACGAUUGUGGAACGAUCUUGAACCGGGCGAGGGUCCUGCCCUGGGAUCAUCGCAUGAUCCACCGAGAAGGUCUAGAAAGACUUCUUGCCGAGCGAAUCUGCAGGCUAGCCCAACUUCUGGUUGGGGUUACCAGUGAAUUCAGCCGGGUUUUGCCUAAAUGCCGGGUUCGGGCUCGGGGAGAAAGACGAUUCUGGUGAGAGUCUGGGGUAAACCGGGUGUAGCGCAUCCUUGCCGCUGCCAAGGGGGCCGAUGUUUUCUUUCAAAGCAAGCCAAUCAAAUCAGACCAUGGCUGGGAACAAGAAGGUCACCCAAAACCGUGUAAUUCCUUGGAGGACUGAAUCUCCACGGAUGGACUGCUUGAUUCGCCAUGCAAAUCAUUGGAUGUAACAUGAAGGAGAUAAGCCUGUGCCCCUCACUUCCGCGAUAAAAGCGGAGUCCACCGAGGCAACGGCGGUUCUGCUUCUCUCCUCACAACAAUCAGCGGCCAGAAUGUCAGUCACAAAACAGAACGUCGAACAAAUCAUUAAUGAAAUCCCACUUCGCUACCGGGGUCCCGGUGGUGCGGUUGCGGUCAUCAAGGAUGGCGAAGUCGUCGGCCAACGCGUCUGGGGGUACGCCGAUCAAUCUCGUCGUAUCCUCGUGGAUCCAUCCACUCAAUUUCCGAUAUGCUCAAUCACCAAGCAGUUCGUGUGCGGCUUGCUAAUGGACCUUCACCGUAAUCCGACCCCUCAGAUGGCUGCCAAGGGCGACGUGCAGCGUCAAUAUACGGAGAAGCUGCAUGAGUUACUCCCCUUGGCUCGGGAGAAGGGUCUGACACUUCAGAACCUCUGUGAUAUGCAGUCCGGCAUUCGGGAUUACUGGGCUAUGACUACCCUAUGGGGUGCGAAACCAGAUGAUGAAUUCUUGAUCGAUAGAGAUUGUCCCCCGAUGCUGGACAGAACCAAGUCACUUCAUUUCGAACCGGGUACGGAGUUUUCUUACUCGAAUGUGAAUUUCUACCUAGUGGGACGAAUUAUCGAGCGUGUCACUGGAGAACCGCUGGGAAAGCUACUUGAGGAGAGGAUUCUCAAACCAGCGGGGAUGACGAAUGCGCUGCUCUGUCCGAAUACUGCCCACCACCCUCCUCCCUGCGUCGGCUACGAAGGCAAUGAAGACCAUGGAUUCUACGAUGCAGUCAAUCAUAUGGAAUGGUCGGGCGACGCCGGAAUGGUGGCUUCUCUGAAUGAUAUGAUUGCCUAUGAGAAGUACCUCGACCGGCUGCAUGCUGACCCUCAGAGCUGGUAUCACACUGCGACGAAGCCACAGACCUUUAGCGAUGGUACAACUGCGAGAUAUCACUACGGCCUGGGUCGUGUGGAUAUUAAUGGCAUUGACUCGAUCGGUCACGGUGGUGCUCUACGGGGAUAUCGGCUACAUCGGAGACAUGUGCCCGAGGAGCAUCUGUCCGUCGUGGUCCUAUUCAACCAUGAAGCCGAUGCAUCAGCAGCGGUUGAUCAUAUACUUCGAGGCGUGUUGAAUCGACCCAAUCCCGAGAACGCACCAGUAGAGCCCGCCGUAGAAUGGUAUGGCGUUUUCCUCGACAAAGCCACUCAAUUGGCCAUCACGGUUGCCAAGAGCUCGAAAUCAGGAGAAGUUUUAAUCACAUACAGCGCUCACUUGGAGGCUGCACCGCUCAAGCUGACUGACGCGAACACUGGCAAAGCACGUACAAUGACUGGCUCCAUUGUUGGGGACGUCCUUCGCAUUCAUCGCGUGUCGGAUAACCGAAAGCUCGAGGCUAGGCGCCUCACUCCGCGUGAGGACGCUCUCAAGGAUACGGGAUUGGUUGGUGAUUAUCAUUCUGAAGAGGUUGACUCUACCUUCCACUGCAUUGGAGAAGCGGGAAUGUUGUAUGGCUUCUUUGACGGAUAUCUUGGACAAGGUCUCGUGACCUCGAUGCGGUAUCUUGGGGAUGAUGUCUGGGCCUUGAGCUGUCCGCGUGGUCUGGAUGCACCGGCACCCGGUGACUGGACUGUGGUGAUUCACCGCGAUGAGAGUGGUUCGGUUGUGGGCUUCAGAAUUGGCUGUUGGCUAGCUAGGGGAGUAGACUUUGUCAAAAGGCAGUAAGGCGUGUGUCCUGCUGGCAUUAGCAAAAGUACAGGGGGCCAGAUUAGGCCAUUUUUGACCUCCUCACUUGAAUAAUAUGUGUGAAACUCAUGGAUCGUGCCAUGGCGGUCGCUUCACUGUACUUCAUGAAUACUUGGAACAAAUUUAAAUUGAUUAGGGCUACAAUGUUCCGGUCCUGACAUGCAU